UGACGAAGAUUCCCUACUUCCCGUACUUGAGACGCGAUGGCAAAAAUUACGAUGUCCUUGGCUGUUACUGCGAUGGCGAUGUUUUUUCUCGACAUACACGCGUAUCGUACACCCAUCAAGUUAGUAGAACCACUCAGACCGAUACUGUUGGAGGCAGUCCGCCCAGUGGUGAUACUUUCAAAACCGAACAACCAGGAAAUUGGUUCUGCGAAAUUGUUGCUAAUUCUACUACACACCGCCUGCCAGAAACUGAAAGACCAGCGUGUGACCCCGCUACCAGAUUACUGCUACAUUAACACGAAAUAUACCGUCAAAACCAGCAUAAGACCAAGCUACCCUUAAGGGGAAAUAACUCAACCUUUACUAAACUAAAAGUUCAAACGAAGACGGACAGACAGAAGGUUUAUUAUUGAAGUAAAAUACGCGAAAAAAAAAUCCAUUGUUAAUAAACAAUAUAAAGGCACUCUCGUUAUCUUGAGUGACUAAAACAUAAUUUUGGAAUUCCCAGUUUUGCAAGAUACCGAAAAAUCCCAUUCGGAACUCCUCGGUUAAUUCCACGAAUACAACCUCGGAUACACAACCGGCAACUCCCUGAAGUCUUAGUCGAUCAUAUAGUCUUGUUUUGAUUGUUCAAGACUAACUUUCAGAAUAUUUAGUUGACAAUACAGGCAUGCUUUCAAACAAUUAGUUUAGCAUCAGAUCUGAAUUAUAUUCUGUUAUCACUUUACAAUAAAACUGUUGCUGUUGUGUAUAAAUAAACAAUGUUCCAUAUUACUGAACUAUUUUAUAGACAGUUAGUAAAAAGUAAAGUUUGUUUUAUUUAACGACGCCGCUAGAGCACAUUGAUUUUUUAUCUUAUCAUCGGCUAUUGGACGUCAAACAUAUGGUUAUUCUGACAC